AUGAGCAACAAAGAAGACAUCAUAUUUCGACGUAGAGUGAAAGCAGCGAUGAGCAUUAAGAAAGUCCUUGACAAGGAAGACUUGGGAACCCGGCUUCGACAAGCUACGGAGGAUCUGCAUGCCAUUAAGAAGGAAUUCGAGAUGACGGAAGACAAUUUGAAGUAUCUUCAGAGUGCAGGCCAGUUUGUUGGAGAAGUUCUUAGGCCUCUUGAUAAAGAACGCUUUAUUACACUCACUUCAGGAACCAGAAGGGUUGUGGUUGGUUGUGGAAGUAGAGUCGAUAAGGAGACACUGACUUCAAAAACCAGAGUGGUUCUUGACAGGGCCACGCUUAAGAUCACGCUGACUCUUCCACCUGAAGUUGAUCCAGUUCUUUACAAAAUGGUGCAAGAAGAUCCAGGUAACAUUAGCUACUCGGCUCUUGGUGGUUUAACCGAUCAACUUCAAGAUUUGAAAGAUUGUGUUGAGCUCCCUCUUCUGAAUCCCAAGCUUUUCCUUAAACUUGGAAUUAAACCUCCCAAGGGUGUCCUCCUUUAUGGUCCUCCUGGUACUGGCAAGACAUUGUUAGCCAGAGCAAUAGCAAGUAAUGUUGAUGCUUCCUUCUUAAUGGUCGUUUCGACUGCAAUAGUCGACAAAUAUAUCGGAGAAGGUGCAAGGCUGAUAAGAGAAAUGUUCAGUUAUGCACGUGAUCACCAACCGUGCAUUAUCUUUAUGGAUGAGAUUGAUGCCAUCGGUGGACGCUGUUCGAGUAAAGGGUCAGAUAGUGACCGUGAAACCGAAAGAACAAUGAUGGAGUUACUCAAUCAGCUUGAUGGAUUUCAUAAGCUUGACAAGGUUAAGGUGAUCAUGGCCACCAACAGACCUGACGUUCUCGACCCUGCGCUUCUUAGUCCAGGGCGGCUGGACAAAAAGAUAGAGAUUCUGUUGCCGAACAAGCACUCGAGAACAGAGAUCCUCAAGAUUCAUGCUACGGCUAUGGCAAAACAUGGUGAAAUUAACUAUGAAGCUGUUGCUAAACUUUCUGAGGGGUUUAAUGGUGCUGAUCUACGAAAUGUUUGUACGGAAGCUGGAUUGUUUGCCCUUCGUGCAGGUCGUGAUUAUGCCAUUCAGGAUGAUUUCAUGAAGGCCGUAAGAAAAUUGAUGGAGGCCAAGAAACUGGAAUUAUGGGAAAAGUAG